AUGCAAAGUCAACAACAACCACCACUUUGUUUGAUUUUCCCCUAUUCUCCUCCUUAUUUUUCUUAUUCACUUGAUGCUCGUAAAUGGACAAAAAAAAUGUUACUUGACCAAUUACAAAAGAUGGGAGAACAUGGAUUAGCAUAUCGGUGUUAUUUAAAUGAAAUAGAGGCAAACCAAUUUUUUCAUAUUGACAACCAAUUCUAUGAGAAAUAUUCUAAAAAAAUGAGACUUAACCUUGUUUGGAUAGAACGUAUCAACAAAAUUUCAAACAAAAUCAUAGAAAAUACAGCAGCUUGUGUUAUUCAAAAAGCAGUUCGUUCAAUGCUUUAUUCUAAAGAAGAAAAACGGUAUCUCUAUUGUGGUAAUGUAGUGAAAGAAUUCAUUACAACAGAAAGCACAUACUGUGAACAGUUAGGUGUUGUAGAAAACUUAAUCCACCAACCUUUGAUAAAACAAGAAAAACCACUUUUAACUCCUGAACAAAUGAAAUUAAUAUUUGGAGGAGUUUCAGUUAUUUAUGGUGUAAACACAGCUCUAUUAGAAAACUUGAGAGAAAAACUAUCAGUUUAUUCACAAAAUUCUCGAUUUGGUCGUAUUGUAUUGACUUUUACUCCAUUGUUGAGAGUUUAUAGUGACUACUGUCAAAUAUAUCCUCAGAUUAGUCAACUAGUAAGUUCAAUGAAAGUACCACAUCCCUUUGGGACAUUCUACAAACUCCAAAUGAAACAAGCACCAGAACACCUCCAAGGAUUUGAUUUACUCUCCCUUCUAAUCACACCAAUCCAACGAUUACCAAGGUAUAGACUAUUAUUGAAGGAUUUAUUAAAACAUUUACGACCAAGUGAUGUAGAUUAUGAAGAC